AGUCUGAUAAGUCAGCGAAUACUUCAUAUACAUAUAGUAAAAGCUUUAAAAAACCCAUAAGUGAGCCAAGUGCUCGUAUACUUAAUCUAAAUUGACUCAGCUUCUACUUGAAAAUUUUUGCGAUUAACUAUGAAGAUUAGAUUCGGGAAUUCAAUAUUUUCAAAGCCUAUAUAUAGACGGAUAUUUUCUUGAAAUCCCAUUUAGUGUUCUAGAGUGAAGUAGUGAACAAUGUUAAUAAAAACUCUCUUACUUGUUGUUGGAGUUGUGGCACUUGCCAGCGCUGAGAAAUAUGAUGGGUACAAAGUUUUUGAAGUGACCCCCACCACCGCUGACCAAAUUGAGGCGCUUUUCACACUCUCCAAAGAUGCGGAUCAAUUCGAUUUCUUAUCAUUAAGUCGCAUUCCUGGCGAAAGUGCACGUGUGCUCAUCUCACCCGAGAUUGAGCAGUACUUCAAAACAAUACUUGAACAGAAGAAUAUACGCUAUCAACUCGCAGAUUCCGAUUUUGGGCGCUCCAUAACCACUGAGAUCUUGGAAAAUCGUCUGUUGCGUCAAUUGAAACCUUACUCCGGUAGCGGUCGCCUCGGCACUGAGCGUUACUACAGUCACGAAGAGAUCAAUGCUUACUUAGAUGAUUUGGCUGCACGUUAUCCAUCACGUGUUACACUGAAAGUUGUUGGCAAGUCAUAUGAAGGACGUAUUCUGAGAACUAUUACCAUAACAAAUGGUGACGGUCGUUUGGGUAAGAAUGUUAUCUUGAUGGAUGGUGCUUUCCAUGCACGCGAAUGGAUUUCACCAGCAUCGGUGGUUUAUGCUAUCGGUGAAUUGGUUGAGAAUUUCGAGGAAAACGCUGAGUUAUUGCAAGAUUACGAUUGGAUUGUGUUGCCUGUGGUCAACGCCGAUGGUUAUGAAUAUUCGCAGUUGUCACGCAGUACGCGUUUGUGGCGCAAGACCCGCCAACCGGUGACCAUUAACGGUAAGGAGUGCUAUGGUACUGAUCCAAACCGUAAUUUCGGUUUCCAUUGGAUGGGUAAAGGCGCAUCUUCGAACCAUUGCUCUGACAUUUAUGCUGGUCCGAAACCAUUUUCUGAACCCGAAGCUGUUGUGGUACGUGACCUCAUUCAUUCGUACAGCGAUCGUGGUAUUAUGUAUUUGACCGUUCACUCAUUUGGUAGCUAUGUGCUGUAUCCAUGGGGAUGGACGCCCGAUCUUCCAGAUACUGUUGAGGAUUUGCAUGAAGUUGGCAUGGCUGGUGCAGAUGCUAUAAAAGCUUACAGUGGAUCCACGUAUACAGUUGGCUCAUCAACUCAGCUAUUGGAUGAGGCUGCUGGUGCUAGUGAUGACUAUGCUUUCCAAGCAGGUUUCCCUAUUUCCUUUACCAUGGAGUUGCCACGUGGUGGUCUCUAUGGUUUUGAUCCACCAGCAUCGUCUAUCGAUCGUUUGGUGAAAGAGACUUGGGUUGGCAUUCGUGCUAUGGGAAAGAAAGUCACUGAGAAAUAUCCAAUGCCAAAGGCCGUUUAUUUGUAAAAAGCUUGUAGCCAGAGAUUUUGUUUUAUUCAAAUUUCUUCAUUAAUAAAUCUUAAAUUUCUUCAAAAUCCUGUA